CUCACGUGCCUCCGUUCCCAUUGGCAACCCGCGGCUUCUAAACAACCUACUUUCCUCAGGCCGCAGCUCAGGCCUCCCUGUUUCCUGUCUGAUCCCGCCACCGCCAUGGCAGAGUUGGGCCUAAAUGAGCACCAUCAAAAUGAGAUUAUUAAUUACAUGCGUUUUGCUCGUUCAAAAAGAGGCUUGAGACUUAAAACAGUAGAUUCCUGCUUUGAAGACCUCAAGGAGAGCAGGCUGGUGGAGGAGACUUUCACCGUGGAUGAGGUCACAGAAGUCCUGAAUGGGCUGCAGGCUGUGGUACACAGUGAGGUGGAGUCUGAGCUCAUCAAUACAGCCUACACCAAUGUGCUACUCCUGCGGCAGCUGUUCUCACAAGCUGAAAAGUGGUACCUAAAGCUACAGACGGACAUCUCUGAACUUGAAAACAGAGAAUUACUAGAACAAGUUGCUGAAUUUGAAAAGGCAGAAUUUACAUCUUCAAAUAAAAAGCCCAUCAUAGAUAUCACAAAGCCUAAACUUGUUCCAAUUAAUGAAGGCGGAACAACAGAACUGCUAAACAAGGAAAUUUUAAGACUUCAACAAGAGAAUGAGAAAUUAAAGUCAAGACUGAAGACCAUUGAAAUACAGGCUACAAAUGCUUUGGAUGAGAAGUCAAAAUUGGAAAGAACACUUCAAGAUUUACAGCUUGAUCAAGGAAAUCAACAGGAUUUUAUAAAGGCCCAUGACUUGGAUGACUUGGAAAACACAGUUGCAGCUCUUAAGAAUGAAUUUCAGAAAACACUUAAUGACAAGACAGAAAACCAAAAGUCUUUGGAGGAGAACCUAGCAGCAGCCAAACAUGACCUCCUCAGAGUACAGGAGCAGCUGAGCAUGGCUGAAAAGGAGUUAGAAAAGAAAUUUCAACAAACAGCAGCUUAUCGAAACAUGAAAGAGAUUCUCACCAAAAAGAAUGACCAAAUCAAAGAUCUACGGAAAAGACUGGCAAAAUAUGAAUCUGAAGAUUAAAGACUGAAAGGUUUUGUCCAGAACCUGCCACACAUGAACAUACGAGUUAUCUCCAUCCACCUCAGGCAUGUAUUUUGAAGCAUUUUGUCAUAUUCUCUCCUUUUUCUAAUGUUUAGGCUUUGCUUGUAAUACUAGAAUUAGUAUUCUUAUCUUCAGUUCUCUAAUUGAGAAGAGAAAAAAAAAUGUAAUGAUUCUUUUUUGUUGUCCCAAACACCUCUCUGUCAAGUGCUCCAGUCUCCGUGCAAGUACAGUGAGAUUUCUUCAUGGUAGAAAAGAGUUUAGAGUGGGAAGAAGAGCCAUCCUUUUGUAUUAGUAAGAAGAGUGAACCUUUUAAUGUUAGAUAAGCCGGUACCAUCAAUACUUGUAUAGUCUCUGAAUGUAAAGAUACAUAGUAAAGUUAUUAAGUUUACAAAUAAAUCUCCUAUUUUUAAUAAUGAAAUCCUAAUUAAUUUACUCUUUCUGAUAAUCAAAAUGUAUAAACUCAUGGAAAAUAUGUUUACUGUCUUCUAUAGUCAGCAUUUUUAAUCCUUUAUAAGGGAAAGUAAGCUGCAGUGAAUGUGAAGACUCAGUUAACCUUUGCAUCUCUCUAUCAUGAGUGCUGCUUAUCAAAGGAGAUGCAGUCAUUUUUUGCAUCCUGACUUCUUAUGGGUCUGUGUUAUGGAUGGAGAAGUCAUAUUCAUCCUAUGCUUUCAUAGUUUAGAAAGCAGAUGGACUCAGAGUACAUGCAGUCUCUAGACUUAUUUCCAGAAUAUCUGUUUAGCCUAUAUGUGAAUUAGAACUCUUUCAAACUUUGACUCAACAGAAAGUCAGUGACUAGGUUCCAGGUUGGACUUUGGGUUGUGGUUUGUGUAUGUAUAGAGAAAUGGCAUUUUCAAGAGAUUUUAAUAUUUCUAUUGGUGUGCUUUUUCUUGGCUGAUCAUAUAUAAAGUAUUAGAAACAGGACACAUACCUACAGUAUGUGGUGCAGUGAUGUGGUAUGUGAAUAAAUAAAGCUCACAAGGCAGUUAAACCUCAGAAAGAAAACAUUUACCCUUCACAUAUUAACAUGGUAGAAGUUACCCCAUUUCUCAAAGCAAACAUGUCUCAUCCUGUGUGAACAAUCUGAGAGAGGCUCCUCCACCUCCACAAAUAGGGAACUUACUCCCAGAAAAGAGUGCAGUGAUCAGAGCUUACAUCUGUGCUAUUUUCACUCAAACUUUUAGUGUUAGCUUUGAAUGUACUGUGGGGUUUCUGUAGGCUUUGUUAAAAUACUAAACGAACAAAUAAUAGUGAGGUAAUCUCUCCCUAAAAAAGCAGGGAAGGCAAUCUUAGAAGAUGAAUGAAUCUGGGGAAAAAAAGUACACAGAAAGAAGGAAAAAAGGAGGAAGAGAAGAAAAAAUACAGUAACAAGCCAGCAUUUCCUACACAUUUUCCUCAUCCAUUUAUUUGUAGUUGGGUCACUCACCAGUUUCUUGUAGGCUUUCAUUGAGGACUCUAGUUUCACCCUGUACUUCUUUAGCCCAAUAUAAUUCCCUCUCUAAAAGUCCAUUCCAUCAUUUGUGGACCAGGAUGUUCUAUAUGAGUCAGAAAGCAGAACUUCUAACUAAGUGGAAAAUCUUUCUUUCAGAAACCAUUUGUUGUAUUCUCCCUACACCCUUUGUCUGUUUCAUGACAGAAAGAAAAGAUUUGUUAAGAAACCUGUAAUACAUUACUGGGUAGAAGUUUAUUUGUUUAUUUAUUUAUUUUUGUUGGUAGUGGCUUUGAGUAUUCUGUGUAGUGUAUUCUACUUGUUGAAUAAUAAAUUCAAAAGUAUUUCUGAAACCUUAAAAUCUCUUAAGCAGUAAGAUAAACAAUUGGCUGCAUAAACCAAUGUGAGACUUCUUUCACUUACACCGCUUACUGCUUCUGGUUUUGUCACUCUUCUGUUUUGCUUUCAAACUCAUACCGCUCAGCAAAAUGCAGUUUUAAAUAUUUAUUUCACUUGGUUUCCCAAUUUUAAGAUUUACCUCAUUUAACUGACAAAAGCCUAUUUAGUCAGUACAUUUUGGCCCUUUAGGAAACUAGUUCAGCCUUGAGUGAGCUGUUAGUGUACUGGUAACUGUGGACAGUCUGAGCUGGUAAGUCAUCUUAAUGAAGCUCCUGGCCAAGGUGCAGCACUUAACCUACUAUACAUGAGACCCUGGGAUCAGUCUCCACACUAUACAACAAAAACAAAACCGAAAAUUAUGAUUUAGACAUUUUGUUAACAAAAAUAAAAUGUAAAGGGUUUGUUAUUAAUAUCUUCAAUUUGACAGUUAAAUGUUUAUUUGUUCUUAUCUUACAUUUGUAUGCCUGUGUUAAAUAAAUAUUUAAUCAUU